AUGCCCGACUUACUUCUUCCACCCCCUUACCCGCCACUCAACCCCUCUGGUGCUGGCGGCUGGCGCUGGUGCUGGUUCCUGGUGCUGGCGCUGGGGCUGGUUCCUAGAGCUGGCGGCUGGCGCUGGGGCUGGUUCCUGGUGCUGGCGGUUGGAGCUGGGGCUGGUUCCUGGUGCUGGCGGCUGGCGCUGGGGCUGGUUCCUGGUGCUGGCGGCUGGCGCUGGGGCUGGUUCCUUGUGCUGGCGGCUGGCGUUGGGGCUGGUUCCUGGUGCUGGCGGCUGGCGCUGGGGCUGGUUCCUGGUGCUGGCGGCUGGCGCUGGGGCUGGUUCCUGGUGCUGGCGGCUAGCGCUGGGGCUGUUUCCUGGUGCUGGCGGUUGGCGCUGGGGCUGGUUCCUGGUGCUGGCGGCUGGCGCUGGGGCUGGUUCCUGGUGCUGGCGGCUGGCGCUGGGGCUGGCGCGGUAGCGGGGGGUGCGCAACGAGGGAGGGACGGGGAGGGGCAGGGACGGGUGGCGUACGGGAGGUGGGCGGGGUGCGAGCUGGCUGGCGCGUCGGUUGGGCCGCCACCCUUUCCCCCUUCCUUCCCCCCCCCACCGCGACCGUCUCUGCAACCGCGCAGGGCCGGGACGGGUGGGGAAGAGGUGGCGGGGUAG